AUGGUGGAAGAUAGCACAACCGCCUCCAGCGUUCCUCGAUUCCUGGAACCUCCCGCGAUUACCGCCCUCAAACAAGAAGCGCGCGAUGCGCCUCCACCUGGCCCCGUUCCGAUGAUCCGUUCUAUCAGCGAGGAUAUUAGGGAAGAACGGCUAGAUCUACAAGAAGCUGCUGAAAAAACUGUUAAUGUCAUUGUGGAUCUAGCGUUGGAUGGACGAGUCAACUGGGUCAGCCCUUCGUGGGUUGAAGUAAUCGGAACUCCGAUUGAAGAUGUCGAAGGUCAAUACAUCCGCGAUCUUAUUAUUGAUAAUAAAUCUGCCUUUGAAGAUGUGGUCGACUCCAUGAAGAAAGAUGAUUCAAGAAGUAAGAUCAUUCGGUUUGCUGUCCAUACUGGCUCUGCCUCAAUUUUUCGUCGGGAUCGGAUCCAAAGACCUACGGCUAGCGGUGAAGUUUCAGGUAAAGGAGAAGAAGAGAAUAAAGAAGACAAUGACGUUCUUAAUCUUGAGGGCCAGGGAAUUAUGGUAUAUGACAAGCCUUCUGGCGGAGAUGGCCAUACCAUGUGGAUGUUACGACCGUCAUCUCAACCACGCGAGGUUACUAUUGGCCUUCCACCCUUACUUGUCGAAUCGUUAGGUGUCGGUGCUGAAGUUUUAGCGAACUACCUCACCAAACUGGCAGAAGUGGGGAUCGACGAUCCUGCUCACCAUCCUCCUCCAAUGCCCGUCUUAUGCCGCAUCUGUGAGAGACAAAUAACGCCUUGGUGGUUUGAAAAACAUUCAGAACUAUGUCUUCAAGAACACCGGUCCGAAAUGGACGUUCAGCUUGCGCAAGAUAACCUUAAUGAGCACCGUCACUCUAUUGUCAGAGUUUUGGAUGGUCUCGAGGCUCGAAGAACUAGACCAGGUCCUCUUGAUCAAACUGGACCCCAGGCUGAAUACAAGGGCCUCCCCAUUGGCCCCAGCCCAUAUUCAUCUGCUCUAGUCUCUGGGUCGUCGUCAUCUUCAGGAACGCCUCCACGCUCUAGAGAUCCCUCCACUUCUGGCAAGGGCCAUAGUCGAACUCGCUCCUCUUUUGCUGUGCGAAGACCGCUUGCUCGAAUCGUUGAGCUAAUUCUGGAUCUAUGUGAUACUGCUUUGGAGGUUAGCACUCCCGCACUCAAGGAGUCUAGAACAGAUUUCGGCGACGAAGUUCGAACACAAUCUCCACAGUCAGAGUCCCGGAUAUCCCAAGUAAUGCAGUGGCAGUCGCCGAGUAGCAACACUCUGGAGCAGGAACAAGGCUUGGCUGCCUUAUCCGGAGAUACUGAACAACUUGCUAAGGCCAAGAUCGAUGCUGUUUUUCGGCAUCGGAGGAUCAUUGAAUAUGCAGAACGUAUUCGUGUUGAAUUUGCCGUUCUGGUAGAGGAAUGUGUCACUGCCGCUAUGGAUAAAGCUGAACGAAUAGCAGCGGGCGAUUUGGAUGACUCUACGAGUUCUAGUAGUAGCGACGAGGCAGAACAGCUCGAGAGGAGCGAGAUUUCUUCGCAACAAUACUCGCAGGAGUCAUUGCCGUUAGUAAUGGCCCCUGUGGCCGACCUUGCGACGCCGGAAGCUGUUGCCGAACAAACUCCACGACCACAGCUAUCUCGAGGAUCGUCAUCUAUCGCUAUUUCAACCCGUUCCAGCAGCCCCAUGGAGUGCCCAACUCCUCGUUCACACAAGAGCGUUGGUAUUUUAGGCCCAGUAAAGCGUGGCUCCCUCCUUGCUGAAAGCGACGCGGCAGACAGUGAUAGCAGUGCACCAUCUUCUGCCAUGUCUGCUGAACGCUACGCCGAGUCACCAUCAUCUGAGAGAGCCUUAAGCCGUGGGAUGAGCACCAGGGAGAAUAAACGCCGAAGUCUGAUUCUAACCGGACUUUCGUGCUCUCCACGUAGGGAAUCUCCUGCGCGUAACCCUCCUUUAUCACCCUUGCGGUUAACCAAGCCGCGUCUCUCCACUGGAGAAAGCUUACCGUCGCCCACUACCUCUCCCAUCCUCACAUCAAUGGAACUUGGACCGCAGAAUCCUUCAUUCUAUCCGUCUCAGCAUCGCCAUCACCAUCGCAGACAGUCCUCUACAAAUUCGCCGGAAUUAGGGAAAACACCAGUUUCACCUCACUUGAGUUCUGUUAGCCAUCCACCGCCGCGUGCUGUUACACCGUCUAUUAAGGACUUUGAGAUCAUCAAGCCUAUCAGCAAAGGCGCCUUUGGAAGUGUGUAUUUGUCCAAAAAGAAAACGACCCAAGAGUAUUUUGCUAUCAAAGUUCUAAAAAAGGCUGAUAUGGUUGCUAAGAAUCAGAUCACUAAUGUGAAAGCUGAGAGGGCGAUUAUGAUGUGGCAGGGAGAAAGUGACUUCGUUGCAAAGCUCUACUGGACAUUUGCAAGUAAAGAUUACCUUUAUCUUGUCAUGGAAUAUCUUAAUGGAGGGGAUUGUGCUGCCUUGAUUAAGCAACUGAACGGCUUGCCUGAGGAAUGGGCAAUGAGAUAUACUGCCGAAGUCGUCAUGGGAGUUCAACACUUGCAUAGUCGUGGCAUUGUCCAUCGAGAUCUUAAACCUGACAACCUUCUCAUUGACGCUCGAGGUCAUCUAAAGCUUACCGAUUUUGGUCUCUCGCGCAUGGGUCUUGUUGGCCGACAAAAACGAGUUCAAAAGAACCCAAAUGAUUCUGCACCUGAUCUUCUUAAGCAUCCAUUCCACUCAUCGCUGUCAUCUUCACGGUCGGCGUCUUUUGACUUUCCUACAUCACACUCUCCGCAUUCUACUCCAGUGCUCAAUCCUGAUUCCGGGGGUCCUGGACAGCCGUCCUAUUUCAGUUUAAAAGAGCCCCUGUUUAACCGUGAUGUGCCGAGAAGAGCGUCUGGAUAUCGCAGCGAUAGCGGCAGCAGUGAUACUUUGGCUGCCUCUAUCAAGGGUUUACACUUAUUCGAGCCUGGCGAAAUUCCAUACUUUCCACAGCACACCUCCCAGCCUCAGCAGGGCACGUCAAUUGAAGAGGAAGCAAAAAGUGAGGCGAGUGAUUCACCGCGACUCUUUCCCGCUCAUCCAUCGAUUAGCUAUCAGCCAUCGUUUACUUCAUUGCAUGCUACUCAACAGCAGCCAAUACCCCCGGCGAUGGCUUUGUUUAACCCUGAGGAGCAGAGCCAGGGUUUUGUUGGAACUCCUGACUAUCUUGCACCGGAGACCAUCCAAGGUGUUUGUCAAGAUGAGAUGUGUGAUUGGUGGUCUCUUGGUUGUAUUCUAUUCGAGUUCCUCUACGGAUACCCCCCAUUCAACGCUUCAACUACCGAUGAAGUAUUUCAGAAUAUCUUGGAUAGGAAAAUAAAUUGGCCCGAAGGCUACGAAGAGUUUUCUUCCGAGCAAGCUCGAGAUCUGAUGAAUAAGCUCAUGAAUUUGAACCCCGAAGAGCGGCUGGGAUCAAAUUCUGGAGGCGAAGAAAUUCGCAAUCAUCCUUGGUUCUCGAAUGUUAACUGGGAUACCCUGUUGGAAGACGACGGUUCUUUUGUUCCAACCAUCUUGGAUCCUGAGGAUACGGAAUACUUCGAUCAGCGGGGUGCCACAAUGCAAGGCUUUACAGAAGAUACUGAAGACCAGCUAUCGCCUAAACCGACUUCAGGCGAAUAUCCCGACAGACCCCAUGAUGCUCUUUUCAAGGUCAAGUCUCAAGUUAGCUCCAUAAAACGCGGGUUUAUACCACUCCAUAUUCCACCUCAUAUUCGCGAUGGCCGUAGCCGCAGGCUCAGUGAACCUGUUCUAGCGGAUGAUUUUGGUAAUUUUAAUUUUAAAAAUCUCCCUGUGCUAGAGAAAGCCAACAAAGACGUUAUACAAAAGCUCAGACAGGAGGCCUUGCAAGCGCAGCAGCGAUCUGUACCAUCGCCGUCGACGACGCCCUCGACAGCGUCCGCCCCUUCUCUGGAAGGAAGCCCAAUGAUAGCAGGGCCUCUCAAGAGAACCAUGUCGCAGAACAAAGCUACUAAUAGGCCAGCGUCCCCGUCAAGUUUGAGUCAAGCUAAUUCGUCCUCUCCAAGUCGCCCCUCGCAACCAUCUUCUCCACUUUUGGUUCAGUUCAGUACAGGGCAGCACCAUCAUGAGAGACGCAAAACGUCGGGAUCUUCUUCAACCUUUUCACAUCAGUCCAUGUCGUCGUCACUGCAGGCUAGUAGCUAUGAGACCCCUCGACUAGCUACAAAUUUGAAAAUGUCGGCAACAAGCGCGUCUUCUCCGGUAAAACAUCCCAAACUCCCAUCACCCGAUAAACUGGCCGGACUUCAUCGCCAGAGCAGUGCACCCGCCUCCAGACAAAGAUCACACACGAUUGGCUCCCAAGAUAGCGACCUGGCAUUGCCAAGAGAGCCCUUCAUUCCGGGCCAUCACAAACGUAGAAGUCAGCUUGGUGAUAUCUCACCAUCUUCAUCUGAUAAUGAGGAUGCACGAGCGAAGGCCCUUCUAAAAGUUCAGCGACGGAGGCAAAGUUCACGACGACUGUCACAAAUCAAUUUUUCGGAUGGUCCUUUUUUCCGUCCUCUUGACAUUCUUAUCUGUGAGGAUCAUCCGGUAUCCAGGAUGGUUAUGGAGCGCUUAUUUGAGAGGCUACGUUGCAGAACUAUUACGGCGGUCAAUGGGAUGGAGGCGAUGAGGUUUGCUUUGAGCGAGGUUCAGUUUGACAUUAUCAUGACUGAAUUCAAACUUCCCCAGAUGAGCGGUACCGAUGUUGCUCGUAUGAUUCGGGACACACGAGGUGCUAAUACCCAUACACCUAUCAUUGCUGUCACAGGAUAUCUUAAGGAUCUUCCUGAAACACAUCAUUUCGAUGCCUUGAUUGAGAAACCACCGACGAUUGAGAACCUGACCAAUUGCUUGUCCAAAUUUUGUCAAUGGAAACCACCGCCAAGCGACGACGUAUUGGCCCAUCAACACCCGAUUCCUACAUCUGCACUCCGCCAUGGUUCGAUUCGCGCUGAAGGUAGCCCUAGCUCAGUCUCUUCAGGCUUUGGAGUGGCUCCUACUAGUUCAUACCAGGGGUCAAGCAGAGACGAUUCUCUUGGUAGCAGCUACUUUGGUGAUAUUGAGUCAUCGAAAGAGGAUGACGCUCCUCUUGCCCUAAGCAGUCAAGCCCAGGAAGACUGGAAUACUAUGAAGGCUGGAGGUCUUUGUAUUUCUGAAGAGCCUUCAGUUUCCAAAGAAGGCUUUGUUGGACCCACUAGCCCUCCAGCAAUUCCUAGUUUGCUCACCGCAACUUCAGCCCCCGCUGCCUUUAAUUUAUACAGUAAGCGACCACUUCGCAAACCAAGCUCCAUUGACGGCAUCCACACAAAACGCGAAUAUAUGGAUAAAAAACCAUACGAGGGUGCUGAGUCGGGCGAUGAUGAAGACGAAGAGCUUGGUCGUGCACACACUAGGGGUGCCCGCGCCCCUGAAUUGGCUACAGGAAAACAGCGAAGAUCCGGUUCAAAACUUGGGACUGAAAUGCUAAGAACAAACAGCCGUGGGAGUGUCGUAAGCGCAGGCGACGAUAUCCUCAAGGAGCGCGAGUGCGAACUCAUGGAUACAGCUGUCGGCAAGACCGCAGAUCCUAUGCUGCUACCUCCACUAGAGACUAGCAUGGAGCAUUUAUUCAUUGGCGAGGAGGCUUUGGAUCCUCUGCCCGAGCUACCAGAGAAGGAAGAGACAUGUACUCCACCGCAAUUGGAGCCAACUGACACUGCUGCGCAGUGUAAUACAGGCGGACAGGCGAUGGCGGGCACUGGUGCUACUCAUCUUCAGUCUCACGCCACCUUGGGCAUUACACCAGCGCUCACGGCAAAUUUUGAGCCACGGUAUAUGCCGAAGUCGCAACAAGAAGACCGCACACCUCCAGGUACAGCGUGUGAGCCGAGCUCUGUAACACCAGAAACACAUCGUUCGGGCAAAGCUGAGGAUACGGAAAAGACUCCGAAAGCCGCUCCUAGUAGACACUCCGAGCUACCUCUGUCGGACAGAAAUGAUAUCGACAAUGAUUCCUUUGCAACAGAUGCGCGCCGGUUACAUACAAUAGAGCGCGUAACAGGGUGGAUGCGCCGCAGCCACCGCUAG